AUGCCACGCUUUACGAUGGGAUACUGGGGCAUCCGCGGCCUUGGCGCCAGCCCACGUAUGAUGCUCUGGGCCUGCGGCGAGAAGGACUUUGAGAACAUCGAGGCGUUCCUCGAGCACGAGGAAGUCAAGUCCUUCCGGGAGUCGGCCUACUACCGCGUCUCCCCGAUCAACGCCCCCAUGGCGCGCGUCAACAACUGA